AUGGCUGCUGUCUUUCUCGUUUUACAUUCCCCUACGGCCAUCCAAAGUCAUCGAUUGGUUCACUUAAAGUCAGUCAGCUUGGUACAUCGCCUAUACACCACAAGGCCGGAAUCAUGUCAGCUGGGUGUUGCUUUUAAUACUUUGCGUAUUGGGAUUCCCAAAGAAUCUUUCAUAGAUGAAAAGCGCGUUUCAGUUACUCCUCAAACUGCCAACCUGUUUUCAAAAUGUGGUUUCAACGUUUUCGUUCAAACUGGUGCCGGCGUUAACUCUAAUUUCUUAGAUUCGGAUUAUAUAAAGGCUGGGGCUAAAAUAAUCACAGACAGUGUAGAAAGUUUGUAUAAUCAAAGUGACAUUAUCUUGAAAAUACGACCACCUACGCUGAACUCACUCCCUAACCUAUCAGAUGAAGUCAGUAUGCUGAGACCUAACAGCACUUUAAUUAGUUUGAUUUACCCUGCCAAAAAUCAACCGUUAAUUGACGCACUAAGUAAGAAAAAGGUGAAUCUAUUAGCUCUUGAUUGUAUACCACGGAUAAGUCGGGCACAAUCAUUUGAUGUCUUAUCUUCAAUGGCUAACAUCUCUGGGUAUAAAGGUGUAAUUGAGGCUGCUGGAUUGUUCAAUCGAUUUUUCGCAGGUCAGAUUACAGCUGCUGGUAGAAUUCCACCUGCAAAAGUAUUAGUUAUUGGUGGCGGUGUAGCAGGUUUAUCAGCUGUUAGUACAGCAAAAAGUCUUGGUGCUAUUGUACGAGCUUUUGAUACACGUGAAGCAGUUCGUGAACAAGUUGAAUCAUUUAGUGCAGAAUUUUUAACUGUAAAUAUACAAGAGUCCGGGGAAGGAGGGGGUGGAUAUGCUAAAGAAAUGUCUCAGAAAUAUCUUGAAGCAGAAAUGGAAUUAUUCGCAAAACAAGCCAAAGAAGUAGACAUCAUCAUUACCAGUGCUUUAAUCCCAGGAAAACCAGCGCCAAAACUUAUAACUAAGGAUAUGGUAGAAUCAAUGCGUCCGGGGUCAGUUAUUGUCGACUUGGCUUCAGAGUCUGGAGGAAAUGUAGAAACAACAGUACCAGGCAAAUUAACAUAUCAUCAUAAUGUUGCUCAUAUUGGUUAUACUGAUCUACCCAGUCGAUUACCAGGUCAAGCAUCAACUUUAUUUUCAAAUAAUGUAGCGAACUACCUAUUAUCGAUGACUCCUCCUGGAUCGAAAGACCGAUUUUAUCUUAACUUAGAAGAUGAUGUAAUUCGUGAUAGCCUUAUAUUAUAUAAUGGAGAACUUAUGUGGCCUCCGCCUGUACGUUCUCAACCGAAAUCAUCAUCAAAAUUAAUUAAUAGUAAACAAUUAAGUAAAGCUGGAAGCAAUGUAGCAUUGCAACUUGAAGAUUCCUCAUCUGUCUUUAAAAAUAAACUUCGUUCUGCUAUAUCGACGUCGGUUUGCUUAAGUGGUUUAGUUGGACUGGGUCUAUAUUCACCUUCUUCAGCAUUUACUACUAUGUUAACAACAUUCGGCCUUUCGAGUAUUGUAGGUUAUCAUACAGUCUGGGGAGUAACUCCAGCACUUCAUUCUCCACUGAUGUCUGUUACUAAUGCUAUAUCCGGUAUUACAGCAGUUGGAGGUUUACUUCUAAUGGGUGGUGGUUUAUAUCCAUCCAGUGUGCCUGAGAGUUUAGCAGCAUCAGCUACUCUUUUGUCAGCGAUCAAUAUUGGUGGCGGUUUUGUUGUUACUCAAAGAAUGUUGAAUAUGUUCAAACGUCCCACUGACUUACCAGAAUACAAUUAUUUACUUACCAUUCCAGCGGCUGGACUAUUAGGCGUUUAUGGAUAUGGUAUUUUAACUGUGCCUCCAUCAUUAUUAACUGAUAUGCAUCAAACUACAUACUUAGCCUCUUCACUUUGUUGCAUUGGUGCAUUGACUGCUUUAUCCAGUCAAAAACGUUGUCGUGUUGGUAAUGCUUUGGGUAUGAUUGGUGUAACAAGUGGACUAAUAUCUACUCUAGGACUUAUACAGCCAAAUUUAGAAUUACUUACUCAAAUGGGAGCAUGUUUAACUGGUGGAUCAUUAAUAGGUUCCAUUGCUGCUAAACGUAUUCAAGUUACAGAUCUACCACAAAUGGUUGCUUUAUUUCAUAGUCUAGUCGGUGCCGCUGCUGUACUUACAUGUAUUGCAAACUAUAUGGUUGAAAUGCCUCAUUUAAUUUUGGAUCCGAAUUGCUAUGGUGCAUUACAACUUAUGAAAACUGUGGCAUAUUUAGGCACAUAUAUUGGAGGCAUUACAUUAACUGGAUCAUUGAUAGCUUUUGGUAAACUGCAAGGUAUUUUAAAAUCAACUGCACUGCUGUUACCGAUGCGGAAUACAUUGAAUGCUAGUUUAGUAACACUGUCUGGUGGAUGUCUUGUUGGUCUUCUUUCACUUGGUCCUGAAUCUGUUCUACCUGGGCUUGGAUUACUUAUUGGAGGAGCUGGUGUUGCUGGUGGAAUUUCUGGUUUGACUUUAACAGCUGCUAUUGGAGGUGCAGAUAUGCCGGUUGUAAUAACUGUAUUAAAUAGUUAUUCCGGUUGGGCAUUAUGUGCUGAAGGUUUUAUGCUGAAUAAUAGUUUAAUGACUGUAGUUGGUGCAUUGAUUGGUUCAAGUGGUGCAAUUCUAUCCUAUAUUAUGUGUAAAGCAAUGAAUCGUUCAUUACCCAAUGUGAUAUUGGGAGGUUAUGGAACUUCUUCGUAUUCCGGUGGAAAAUCUAUGGCUAUUACGGGUGUUCAUCGUCAGACGAAUGUUUCAUCCGUUGCUAAUUAUCUAAAUGAUUUUAAUGAAAUUAUUAUUACACCUGGUUAUGGUUUAUGUGUUGCUAAAGCACAAUAUCCAUUGGCAGAAUUGACUAAAGAAUUAAUCAAACGCGGUAAACAUGUACGUUUUGCUAUACAUCCUGUUGCUGGAAGAAUGCCAGGACAAUUAAACGUUCUUCUGGCUGAAGCUGGUGUACCAUAUGAUAUUGUUCAUGAAAUGGAUGAAAUCAAUGCUGAUUUCUCAAAAACUGAUUUAGUACUAGUAAUUGGAGCAAAUGAUACUGUUAAUUCUGCAGCUGAAGAAGAUCCCAAUUCUAUAAUAGCUGGUAUGCCUGUUCUACGUGUAUGGUUGGCUAAAAAGGUUGUUGUUGUCAAGCGAACAUUAGGCGUUGGCUAUGCGGCAGUUGAUAAUCCUAUAUUCUUUAAAGAAAAUACUGAAAUGCUAUUGGGCGAUGCAAAAACUAUUUGUGAUGACCUAUUAAAUGCGUGUCGAAAUCCAUCAUGAAGAAAAUUCGAUUGUAUUCUAUGAAAAUCAAUAAUAUUUUGCAUAUAACAUUUAAAAAGAUGAAUAUGUUUUGUUUGUUUCUUUCUCUCUUGAAGUUGAACGUUUAGUUCCAACUACCCAUUGGUUAGUUCUUCCAUAUCACGGAUUGUUUUCAAUUCAGUUGUCUAUUAAUUCAAAAUAUUCCAUCAUUAAUUAUGUUUAAGACUAUGGUUGGGAGUUUAUUACUCUCAUACACGUUUUAUUAUGCAAAUUAACUAUUCAAUACUAGGGUCUCAUUAAUUUCAGUAGGUAAACAUUUAACUUUUUGAUUACAUCUGCCCUGUCAUGAAGUUCUGCUUAUUUCAGUCGAUAUCUAGUUUCAGAGUUCAAACCUCCUGUUUGUUUGAUUCAUGUAUUUUCUGAGUUGUACUCUAUGUGAAUAAAAAAUUAAAUGGUUGAACUGAUCACGUAUAAUUGUUCUAUCUUGAAUUAGCGAUUACGGUUUACACCCGAAUCUUCAGUAACUAGUUUGAGAGUGAAUAUACCAAAUGUGAACAAUAAAACGGCUUUGAAAUGUUGUUCCUGCAUAGCUGAUGGGGGAUAUAGAUUAGUUGUGUUGUCAAUCUCAAGUAGCGUGGAACAUGUAGUAUAUGUGUGAGAUGAAAUUAUCAAGACGUAUUCCUGUGUGAUAGAAGUAGUAACAGCACUACUGGUGGUGGAACAAGAUUGGCCUUCAAAUGUCGUAUUACGGCCAAGGAUGUUGACAGUUUGCUCCCUCUCGAAAUGCUCUCACAUGGUCAUAGGAAUACAGCCACUGUCUUCUCGCAACGAGGGUGUUUUUACGAAAUUAAUGGGACGAAAAGCGAAUGUUUGGCGCAUGAACCGGGUUGGUGGACAUGGAGGGUCGACGUAAAGAAGUGGUACACCUCUAAUUCAAAGCCAAUGGUACACAUGAACUCAAUGAUCCUGAAGAAACUAAUGGCAUAUGAACCAAUUAUUGGUCACCAGCUUCCGUAAGACCACAUCUCCUAAAGUUGCUUCAAUGCCUUAUGGAUUAAACCUACAGAUCAAAGGCUCGGGAUGUGGCCCUUUAAGGAAACCACCUACUUCGAUCUGGACACCCGGGUGGUGUCACAGUCUUCAUACAAAUCAAUGGUAACUGCUACUGGCCCCACUGUGUAUAUGGUGCCUCCUUAGAUUAGGCCUCUAGGUCAAAGGCUCUUAGAGUUGACCCCCAAGAAAACCAUCUGCUUUGGUUUGGGCAACCGGGAAGUAUCCCAGUGCACGCACAAAUCAAAUGAUGAUUGUAACUGAAAAAAAUGUAUUCUCGCUUUAAUUCUCAAUCUGACAAAUCACAUUCACAAUCAUUUGUCAACACUCAUUUUUAUGUAUUAAUACUACAUUACUUGUCUAUUCCCUUCUAUUCUGAUUUUGUGUAUAUUUUAUUUUUCAACUUAUUCAGCAGCUCGCCUAUGGUGAAAAUCCUGUCGUGUCUAAACGACUUCAUGUCACUAACUGGUUGGAGGUUGAAUGCUACUACUUAAUACGAAUACUGAAACAGUCUUUCUGAAACCACGUAUACCAUUCGAACUGGCUUCCUUCAACCUUUGCAUACCAAUGCAGAUCGGAUAACAGAUAGGGCUAGCUAUGUCUUCAGAAUGUCUUGACAUUGAUUUUUAUUGUCUGCAUGUUGUGUCCUUUUGUUCUUUGCACCUUCGAAGUGCAAAGUACUUUUACAAGAUCGGUAGGACCUUUGACCUACACUCACUCUUGAUAGUGAGGAGAUAGAAGCAUUUGAGAAGUUCUUGUAUUCAGGUAGCUGCCAGUGAUUAGAUCAAUUUAUGUAUAGUAAAAAUCAUAGUGAUCUAUACUAAUAUGGUCCAUUCUUGGUGCCUUCGUGUUGUUAGUCUGGCUAUUAAAGGUGGGAUCGAAAACGCGACGGUGAGAGCACUUGUACUUUGUACUUGUGAAACCUGGCCUCUUUGAGUUGGGAGUGCUAAGUGUUUGAUUAUCGUUGUCUCUGACGGACUGCUGACAUCCAGUGGUAACAUCAUGUUGGUAAUGCAGAAGUUCAGUUACUUGUAUUCUGUCACAGCAUAGAUAAUUCAAUUGGUGUCACCAUCUUGAAAUGUCGACUUUGGUGGCUUGGAUAUGUCCUACGAAUACCGUUCCAGCGGGUUGCACAUUGUGUAUUAUUUGCCGGCUCUCGGACUGUUUAAAAGAAGCGGAUUGGUGGUCAGUGCACGACAUGAUGUCGUGGUAUGAAAGAAAGCUGUUCAAAACUGACUUUUGUUGGACCUUCACGACUUCCUGGUUAAGGUCCUAGAAAUAUAGCAACACAGUAGCCUGAGACUUUAUUGGAAAUGGCUCAGAAUAGAAACUAAUGGCUAUCCUUCUGUAACUUUUUUUAUAUAACUGAACGUAAUUUUUAAUCGAAAGAAUUCUUUCGGGUCGUAUUUUUCAUAACUGAACUCCCAUUAUUAUUAUCAUUUCAAGCUCAUACACUAAUUUCUGUUUAUUGUUGGUCCUUUUGUUAUACUCACUCUAUCUCUUCACUACCUCACUGUUAGUAUGUGGCGCACAUGUAUUUGGUCCCCCCUCGUAUUAGUGUUUGUGUGUUCAAAUAAGGCACUAUACGAUUGUGAAUAUUACACGGAUACAAUUAAAAUGCUCAAUAGUCUUUUAAAACUUAUCUAAGCCAAUAUCGAACACGAUCAUUUUCAAAAUUUAAAAUAUUCACGUUCAAAUUUUAAGAUGUGAAUUAUACAUGUUCAAAGUGCGUUUACUCUAACAAAAAAUCACUACUUUUUCAUAUAGAUGCACUUACUAGUGAAUAAUAAGAUAAACAUGUAAUAUUUCUUUUCAAGCAACCCUUUAUCAUGAAUCUGCACCCAAGAUUUUGGUUCGUUAGUUGAAUGUAAAAUCAACACUAAGAUAAAAUGGUUAUCAGUCAGUUAGUAUUGUACGUAUUACGACGUCCGACUAUAAUUGUAUUUCUUGACUUUAAGGUAGCAUUCAGUUUUGUUACUCGUGAGGUAUUAUGAUAGUGACUGUCAUUGAGACGGGUACCAUAGAAAAACAUCAAUCAUACGAAGGCUAGCUGUUUCAAAACUGCUGGUCGAGUCAGAGUUUAUGGCAAACUGUCAUCGAAAUUGGUAACUUCAAAUGGUGUUCGUCAGUGUUGUCAGUUUUCCAGUGUUAUUUAACUUUAUCAUAGACGUCGUCUGAAUUUUCAGAAGAUUCACUUGUUGGCUUGGAAUACGCAGAUGAUGUAGUUAUGUUUGACGAUGAAGCUGAGAAAAUGCAGUCAUCUGAUGACCAUAAUCAACAAUGCAGGUAUAUUCUUGAUGCUAAUUUUUUCCUCCAAAUUCACAAUGUUGCUUCAAGACUGGCAUACUUAGUUACUUAAUGUAGUUGGGCGUAUCGAUUGUCUAACUUAUUUUGGGAGUCUCACCGGUCAUGAUGGUCGGGCGUCUGGCAAAAUGUCGGCACAGAUUCAGAAAGCUCAAUUAGCUUUUCGACUUUUGCCCUUUGUGGUGUAUGCAAGACAUUUGUCUGCCAACCAAAGGACAAGCAAACUGUGCAGCAGUUCUCUCUGUUCUACUUCAUGGGUGUAAAACGUGGCCAUUAUGAAUAGUGGAUAUUCGUAAUUUAC